AUGUUUGUCACGUUUUUGCCAGUUGUGAAUAAAUUUAGCCAAAAAUUGAAAUUGCACUAGUUUACCCAUAUAAUAACUGUCCAAUGUGGUGAAAUUUAUUUCAAAUAAGUAUGAGUUUUUCAAAAAACAAAGGGAAAAGGCCGCGUUCAUCGUCCAGCGAAACUAAAAAUUCAUUUGUGAAGAAUGUAACGUCGAGGGUGUCAGGACUGCUUCCUGCGACAAUAACGAAGUGGUUUAGCAGUCCGAGUUCCUCAAAUACCAAUGGGUCGGCGCAAACAGGCGACGCCACCGACUCUUCGUCAGAAGACGAGGCACCAGAGAGCCCCAUCGCUUUACAGCCCCCAGCUAAAACCAUGCGAUAUAGCUCACCAAACAAAUUCACAUAUUACGGACCUACAGACGCUAAUUGCGCAAGUCGAAGUAUGGACACGCUCGAUUCAUGUGGCCCUUACCACCUCAUGGUCCCAUCACUGACAGGGCGAACUACAUUUACACGGGAGACUAACUACACUUCUACACCCUAUCGACCGCCCAAUGACGAGGCCUUACAAGAUAGAAGUGACCAAGACAGUGCAUACAAGUCACAGCAUUGUGUUUCCGCUGUAGGCCGCACUGUAGCCACUAAACGCAAAUCUUUAUUUGACUCCUCUUCUGCUAACAGCGAAGCUUCCAAAAAAGCUUGUGCAAAGACAGCAUGUAACGCAAUUAGAGAUCCAAGUCAGCCAUACUUCAAGCCAAGUCUCCUUGGUUCUCCAUUCUAUUCCGGGCGAACGACGUAUGGAGGAGCGGCAACUUCAUAUAUUAAUCGCCCUAAUGUCAAAGAAAGGAGAAAUGCAACAGUGAAAGAGUCCAGCAACACAGACAACACAAUCAGUAAUACGACCAGACGUAUUAUGGACCUUCUAGAACAUUAUUCAUCGCCCCUUAGUGAAGCAAAAAGGAUACCAGUCGUGUCAACGACUAAGAACAAUAGCUGGGAUGCAAAUUCAUCCUCAAAUCCCAACGUUCCUAAAGUUUUAUCUUACAAAACGCAAGAAUUACUUGUGCCGAGCAUAGCGUCGAUCUUGCGAGUGAAACAACGUUCGCGGCUGAUGGACACGACGAAUGCUGCGCGCCAAAUCAUUGCUUCUCACAGCAGUACCAUGCACGACUACACGCCCAAUCCUUCGCACAACAAGAACACGGAUGUCAACCACAAGUUUACGACAAAAGUCAAGACUAAGCUAUCAAGAGUCACGCGUGGGAAUAGUUGUGAUUUAGAAACAAAUUUACUGACGCCAGUCAAAUUACCUGAAGCAGUUUUACAAAUUGAUCAAAGUAACUUGCCUAAAUUUUUGUUCGAGAAACCAGCAUCAAAACCAAUUUGCAGUACGCCUGCAAAACCUACAUUUAAUGUAAGUCAACCUUUAAUUAAAAUUGCCGAACCACAACCAAAAUCUCCGAUUUCGGACAGUCUCUCGCGUAAAUCGGAAUCUCAAUUGCCCAAAGUCAAUCCUUUCAAGUUUUCGAGCCCAGUUAGGUUACCCAACGAGCAGGCUCAGUCUCCAACGACGCCUCCUAAGUUUACGUUUGGUAGCCCAGAGCGCAGUGUAGAGAAAGUAAAAAUCAAUGAAAAGAAAGAUCAGUCUUCGUGUGUCAUUGGUUCUCCUACGGAAAUCGAAAACAAAUUGACGACUUCCAACUCGAUAGAUUGGCAAUGCGUUGACUGUUGGGAUUUCAAUAAAACAGUUAUUGAUGAAUGUAUUAGUUGCGGUGCAGAGAAGCCCUCUACAUACAAUGACCACACUAAAUCCAAUGAUUACAAGCUUACUGACAGUGAAUCAAAUAAAAAUGAAAUCAAUAAUAGUAAUACUAUGAAUAACAUAGAGAAACCAUUGAGUGUGAAACAGCCAGAUUCUUCCAAAUGGGAUUGUAAGGACAACUGGGUUACUAAUGAAGAAAGUACAGAUGAAUGUGUGUAUAGUGGCGCAUCGAAUCUAAAAAAAUCGAGUGCUAAAGUUAAUUCAGCUGAUAACAAUACUAGCAGCCAGUGGAAAUGUGAUGAGUGCUGGAUUAAAAACAAAGAUUCUGACAGCAAUUGCGCAGCGUGCGGAUCGCCUAAACCCGGUGGAGAACCAACUGCUUCGGCGGCUGUAAUGGGCUUUUUUAGCUCCCCAACCAAACCACCUGAUAAUACUUUUAAAGUUCUGAUUGCAAAACAGUCUGACAAAUGGGAAUGCCCUGGCUGUUUAGUUAGAAAUGAAAGCGAUAAAACCAGAUGUAUAUGUUGCGAUUAUGAAAAGCCAGGCACUGAAGCAACAAAAGAGCCAGAAAUGAAAUCUUUUACUUUUGGAGUAGUCCCAGCUUUUAAAUUUGGUAUCAGCUCUCAAACGCAAGUAGCUGCAAAACCAGCAGAGGUUAAGGCAAUUGUAGAUUUUAACAAGACACUUCAGGAAUCUGAAACUAACAACAACGUUUUACCUAAGGCACCUACUUUUACAUUUGGAUUACCGACUCAAAAGUCAGACGAUCCUUCUAAAAAAGAAGGUGAUAUGAGAGAUGACUCACCAAAAUUGAAUUUUUCAUUUUGUGUACCUAAAUCAACGCCACCUGCUGCACCUUCUGCCGUUUCCAUUUUCGGGAACUCAAAUAGGAUGCCAGAAUCUGCUUCUAAACGUGUGAGUGAAGAUGAAGAGAAACCACAAGAAGUGCCAAAAAUUAUUUUUUCUGUGCCUGAUCAACAAGAACGUUUAAAACCUGUUCCUAGUCUAUUUUCAUCACCACUUAAUAAGCAAACUGAAGACAAACAAUUUACAGUAUCACCCUCUUUGUUGAGCUCAUCAAAAGCAGUGGAGAAAAAUGAGACGACAUCCAGUCUGUUAACGUUUCAACCUGCGGCGGACAUGAGCGAGACAACACCCAAACCGGCAUUUACGUUGUCAGUAAAACCAGGUUUAAGUACGUUUGCAGCGCCUGCAGCUACAACUAGUACGAGCAUUCCGUUUGCGAACCCAUUGCAACCUCCGCCGUACACCGCAUCAAAUUCUACCAUGUCUUUUACGAAUCCAUUGAAGACUGCUCCUACAACUGCUACUACUUCCUUGUUCCAGCAAGCUGCUGAACCCACUGUUACGACAACGGCCACAUCUUUAUUCUUGAAUACUAACUCUUCUAGUAAUGUAGGUUCACUUUUCCAAAAUCCUACAACAGUAACCACUACCACGCCGUCGGCCUUUGGUAAUACAACACCAUUAUUCAGCUUUGGAAACAAUAUUCAGACGGGAUCUCAACAGGAGAAGCCUUUCUUUGUGUCAUUUGGGAACAAUAAUAAAACUGAGACACCCUCCCCGUUCAAACCAGCGUUCAACGCGUCAAGUGAAAAUAAAUUUACUCUUGAAAUUGGAGCGGGAACUAACAAUGGUUUGACACACACAACUAUGGGCGGGGGUAACGGGCUUCCCCCGGCUAAUCCUCUGGGAAGUGGUAACGGAUUAUCAAUGAGCAGUCCAUUGGGUGGCAAUAUUAUGCCUUCAGGUAAUAAUAUAACUACGAACCCACUUGGGGCAAGCGAAGUGCCUAGCAAUCUAUUGUCAGGUGGAAGCGGAUUACAGGCUGGGAGUGGUGGCAUAUUCGGCACUUCACCGGCGGUACAAAAAGAAAAUGUGUGGUCCACAAGUAACAAUAACAAUACCAACCUGUUCGUUUCUAACACGGCUACUACGCCACAGAAACCGGCGGCUACAUUUACGUUUGGAUCUACGACACCUGCGUUUGGCGCUAGCAACCCACCAACAUUUGGAAACAAUGCACAGCCAGCGCCUGUAUUCGGCCUGCCAAAUCAAAAUACAACUAAUUCAUCGUCGUUGUUCACGAGCUCCCCGCAGAGACAGCCCGCAGCUGUGUUCGGGACGCCUACACCGGCUGCCAAUCCCUCGUCAGCAGUGGGCAUGUUCGGCACGCCUGCGCCAAACGUGGGCGCUACGCCUACAUUUGGUACACCGAACCGGUCCAUCCCGUCAUUCGAGACACCAUCGUUGACUGCGGGACCGGCUCCCGCUUUUACUUUUGGUUCGCCGCCGCAACAAACAACAGUCUUUGGCUUUGGACAAGAGCUACCACCCCAACAACCAGGAGCGGUAUACAACUUCGGCGGUGCAGCGAGUGCGCCACAAUUUAACAUUGGUAACUCUGGCGCACCGCAGCAGCAGCGCCGCUUUCGCAAAGCUGUCCGUCGAAAUAAUCGGUGAAUACUUUGAACGCGUGCCCACCUUGGAAAGCAACGAAUUUCGUUUACUACACCGCUUGGAUGAAUCCAGUAAGUGUACUAAUUUAGUUAAAUACAAAAUCAUGUGAACCGUUAAAGAUGCGUAGGGCGGUGGUCUAUAUACAACACGCUUACACGAUUGUCGCAAUCAUCGUCAUCAAUAUUGAAUUGCACACAAAACCCAGAUUACAUCUGACUGGAGCCGGAAUAUCUUCAUUUAACUAUGUAGUCGACGUUGACUUUAUAUUAACUUUUUUUUCUGUCUGGUCACGACCCUCGAUAAAUUAAAUCGAUAUGACGACGGCUUUGCCUCAACAUGGACAAUAUAGAAGACGACGUUAUCUCUACAUGAAAAAAAAAACGAAAUGUCCAUUUUCAGAUGUCUUUCUGCGUUAAUUUUAUUCAUUGACGACGUUAUCUCUACAUGAAAAUAAAACGAAAUGUCCAUUUUCAGAUGUCUUUCUGCGUUAAUUUUAUUCAUUUUGAUAUUUUAUUUUUUUACUGUGACGACAGUUGCUAGAAUUGAGUGAAUGUGUACUCAAAACCUUGAAAAAAAUAGGCAAAGUUAUGAAUCCGAAUUUAAAAAAUGAACAAAUUCAUUAUAAUAAAUUAAAAACACCAAAAUACAUGGUAUCAAAAUACAGCAUAGUUUAAAUAGGACAUUGCAUAGUUUAACAUAUCAUUACAGUAAAUUGCUCGUGCUCCAAAAUAUAGGCAAAUAAUUAUUAAACUAUUCAUGAGCAGUAAUAAUUUUGAUCUUUGUAUUAUUGUGCACCACUUUUCAUCUAAACAUCGAUUCAUAUUUAGCUAGAACAAUCACCAGCAGGGCCAGCGCAAUAGGGCGCGACUAGCGCGAGAGCGACUUAAAGCGCGAAAUAAUGCUAUUCUCGCAUAGAGAUCUCGCGCUUUAUGUCAAUCUCGCGAAAGUCGCACCUUGUCGUGCUAGCACUAUAGCUAGCUUUCAGCAUUGAAAAAGUGACUCAUGGCGGGUCUUUAUGCUUAUUAAAAAUAAUUGAAUAUUUAAAGAACGUACAGGUAUUGUGACUCUGCCUGUUGAGCGAACUAUAGAGAUAUCCUGCAUAGAACUUGAACGCAUAAUUUUAUUAAGGGUGUACAGAUCCCUAUGUUCAUCUUAGGACUUCUUUGAAAAAAGAUUAGACGACGUUUUAAAUUAAACAACCCAAAUUAAUAUAUUUGUGGUGACUUCAAUGUUAAUUUAUUAGUGUACUGUAGCCUUAAGUAGUACGCUCAUAUCAUUUUUCCAAUGUUAUAAUAAUCUUUCUACGACAACCGUUUCUUUAGACAACGUUUAUACCAACGCUAGUACAAAAUCUAUGUUAAUAACUUAUCGUCAGAUCACUGCGGUCAAUUGGCCACUUUCAAUACUUUAACUGUCGAUAAAAUGCCAAAAAAGGAUAUCGCAUGUGUUCCAAUAAAUAAUGGUGGAUUUAAAGCUUACAAAAAUAACGUAACGGUUAAAUUAACCGAUAUUCCCUUAUAUUGCACAGCUUCUGCGUAUCCGUAUGACAAAAAUCUAGGAUGUUUGAAAGAAAUGUGUACAAAUGGUUAUUUACAAAGAUCAACACCUAGAGUUUCUUGCUCAUUGUUCUCAGGGGAAUCUGCCUUACGAAUGAGUAGUAGAUUUUAAUCAAUAUGACGAUUUCAAGUGUAAUUUGCUUACCUAUGAAAUGAAGAUUAUGUAUUUGACUUUUACAAAUUAUUUCUGUACAAUAAAUAGUCUCUAACAUUUUACCACCCGUACGCAUCCUUUAUGGUGUAACUAUCUAAUUAUGUAUAAGCUUAGCUAAUAACGUAUUGUGUAUAAAAAAAUUGUCUCAGUUUCCAAUUAUAAGCGAUGCUUGUUGUAUUUGGAUCAAGUUUGAAAUUUUAGCUUACCUUUGUUUUUUAAAAUUGUUUUAGAUUAAGACUGUUUCCAUGUAGUAACGUUUUACUGCGUAUUUUUUUAUUAUUAAAUGUUUAUGUAGUAUAUGAGACUAUUCUUCACUUAGAUUUAGGAAUAUGUUAAUUUCGAAUUCUG